GGAAGGAGCAUGCUGAGAUGUGAGCCCAGAAAAAAAAAUCACCAGCCCAACGUACACACGAAGCCCAGUCCACCACACACACCAACAAAAAAUUCAAACUCACCAGCCCACUAGCUACUUCCCACCCCGCUGCCUCGACGGCCGCAUCCACCGCGCCGGCGCUCGACUCCAUCCAGUAGCCAUAGCCGGCUCGCGAGCUGAACCUCUGCCUCCUCGGACUCCGUUGCUACGCUCCUCGGCGACACCGAUCUGAAUGGUCGCGGCGGCCUCCCCUCCCCGCCUAAAACCCAUCCGCCUCGUACGUCUCGGUCGGUCCCUAUGGACCGACCCCGACCCGCCGCCGCUUCUCAUGCGCGACCGCGACCUCAACGCCAGGAUGAGGCGCCUGGUACGCUCGGGCCGGCUCGCCGACGCGCAUAGCGUGUUCGACGCAAUGCCGCACCGCGACGAGGUCGCCUACGCCACCGUGCUCGCGGGCCAUGCCGCGGCAGGCGACUUCCCCGGCGCGAUGGCGCUCUUCGCCCGCCUCCGGGCCUCCUCCCCGCGGCUGGCUGCCGCCGACCCGUUCGUCCUCAGCCUCGCGUUCAAGGCGUGCGCCGCGGCCGCGGCCGCCGACGCUGGGCUCUUCCCGCACGCCGCGGCGCUGCACGCCUUCGCUAUCCGCUCGUCAGCCGUCUCCUCCGUCUUCGUCUCCACGGCGCUUGCAGACGCGUACGCCAAGGCUGGUCGCCUCGGCCUGGCUCUCAAGGUGUUCGAUGAAAUGCCGUGCAAGAACGUGGUCUCGUGGACCACGCUCGUCGCCUCGCUGGCUCGGGCCGGCCGGCGUCACGACGCGCUCCGCCGCUUCGCCGAGAUGCGGGCCUCCGGCGUGGCCUGCGACUCCCACGCCUACGCGGCCGCACUCAUGGCAUGCGCCGACACCGGGCUGCUGUCGCGCGGGCGCGAGGUGCACGCGCUCUGCGCCAAGCUCGGCCUCGACGCCACGCCCUACGUCGCCAACACGCUCGCGACGCUGUACGCGCGCUGCGGCGACGUUGACCGUACGGUAGCUGCGGUCAGCCGCAUGGGCUCGCGCGACGUUGCGGCGUGCACGACGCUGAUCGCCUCCUACGUCCAGACCGGUCGCUCGGAAGAGGCCGUCGAGGCGUUUGUCAGAAUGCUUCGUGAUGAGUCAUCAAAUUCUGCGUCACCCAAUGAGUACACUUUCUCUGCAGUCAUUGCUGCGUGCGCAAAUAUUGCAAGUGUAUGUCUUGGAGAGCAGUUGCAUGCGCAAGCUGCGCACAGAAGUUUUGCUCAUGCCCGCUCUGUGGCGAAUUCCCUUGUCAAACUCUACGCGCGUGCUGGCCGUCUUUCAGCAGCUGAUGCUGUGUUCCGGGAGAGUUUUGUCAAGGAUGUUGUCUCUUGGAGUGCUAUUAUAUCAGGCUAUGCACAGGAAGGCUUUGCCGAGGAGGCUUUCGCCUUGUUCGCAGAAAUGCGGCAUCACGGCAGCUGUCCUCGUCCGAAUGAGUUUACUCUUGCCAGUCUCCUGAGCGUCUGUGCAAGUGCUGCAGCAUUGGAUGCUGGACGCCAGCUACACGCCCUUGCUUUCGCUGCUGGACUUGAACACCAUGCGAUGGUCAGGAGUGCGCUCGUUGACAUGUAUGGAAAGAGUGGUAGCUUGUCAGAUGCUGCUGUUGUAUUUUCCCAUCGCACGAAAGAUGAUGUGGUUUCAUGGACUGCGAUGAUUGUUGGGCUUGCCGAGCAUGGACACAGCAAAGAGGCGCUUCAACUGUUUGAAGAAAUGUGCCGUGUCGGGCUAAAGCCGGACCACGUUGCGUUCAUUGGUGUGCUUACUGCUUGCUGUCAUACUGGGAAAGUUGAGCUUGGAUUGAGCUACCUCAGUGCAAUGAGCAAAAACUAUGGAAUGGAGCCUGCAAAGGAGCACUAUGGUUGCGUGGUGGAUUUGUUGGGCAAAGCUGGUAGAAUACAUGAGGCUGAGGAGUUGAUUGGAAGAAUUGCUGCUGAUGAAAGAGAUGGUGUGGUUUGGGCAUCUUUGCUUAGGGCAUGUGCAGCUCGAGGGGAUGAGGAAACCGGCAAGAAAGCUGCAGAGAGGGCGAUGGAGGCAGAGCCAUGGGGUGCAGGUGCACAUGUGGCAAUGGCGAACCUCUAUGCCAGCAAGGGACAAUGUCGUGAGGCAGCGCAAGAAAGGCAUGUGAUGAAGCGGAAAGGGGUUGUGAAAGGGGCAGGGUGGUCGUCAGUUGAAGUUGGAGGGGAGGACAGGGGAAUCGGUGUGUUUGUUGCAGCAGACCGGAUACGUCCCCAGGACAGUGCUAUAUCUACAGGAUGCUUGAUUUGAUGUAUUAUGGAGCUGGAAUGGUUCGUUAAUAUUCCUGAUCAGUUGUAUUUAGGAUCUGAAGUGGAGCUGGCAGUUAACAGUUAACUGAGUGAUUCCAAUAGGAACACUGACUGCAUGCAAAGGAAAACAUUCACAAGGUUCUCUGCUAUGAUGAACAUCCAUUGCAAGACAACUCAAGGUGAUACAUACGAUGGCUGCAUAGAAAAUUUUCUAUGCUGCGUUUAAGGCCGUGUCAAUGAUUGUGAAUGGAAUAUGGAUACUCAAAGUACAUGGGAAUUGUUGUCAUGGGAUCAGCAACACAACACUGUUAACCUUGGAUAUGAUACUGGGGCCUUUUAUCCUUGCAGGAGGCAGGUGAGGUCCAUGACUAGAACAAGCUGGCUGCUCUAACCAUCAGCUGUGAAAAGAGCCCUUGAUUAUUUGAGCGAGGGUAGGGUAGGAGCACUUGGCUUAGAAAGAAACAAAAGAAUCAGCGGUGAAUGAUACUGAUGGAGGAGUGGUAGCAAUGAUGCUGCUUUGGGAUGGAGCUCAGGCUCUGGGAGCCUUUAACCAACUCGUCCGACUCAUUCCUCCACAGCCGUUUGCUCCGGGCUUAUUUAGCUUUAUCCGGCUGUGACUCCAAGGCACCAAACCAAUCCUGCCCUACCCAGAAUCAUAAGCCAUGACCAUGUCUCAAAAGCACCACAGGUAGCAUCACACUGUCACUACUCUAAUCUCCGCAAUGAUGGAGUCAUUGCCGGCUGAUGGAUCAACUUCUCCUAAUUGCACUACUGGUAGAAAGAAAGUUAGAAAGUCGUUAAUCAAUUAUCAAGACCAAAGGAAAGCUACCAUUGCAUUGCUACGGGCUCUAUUCCUAACCCUCUAGAAAUGAAAAGAAUACUAAAAAAAGAAGCACUCCUCCAUGUCCUCUCGUUUAUUUUCUCAGUAGUAUCUGAGCUCCAUUUCCAUUGCUAGAAAUUUAGAAUGCUACAUGCUGCUAGGGAAGGGGCCAUUGCUUCACUGGUAUGGAGCAUAGAGGAGGCCCUUAGCCAACGUGUUGAGCCCAGAAUCAACACCUCGAAAAGGCGGGACAGAACCGAGUGGACAGCAUCGAGGUCUGAAUUUUAGGUGGCCAGAAGGAUCGAAUCGCCGAUAAUUGCAGAACAUGCGGCUGGAAUAAUCCGAGACGGAACGAGGCACUUCCGUCGCGGCAAUGACGACUACUGAGGAGCGGGAUGCUGUGCGAGUGAAUGCCAAGGGGAUUAGGAGGAUAAGAACGCCCGGGUCUUAAUUUGGGGGCACUUGGAAAGGUGCUUUGGGGCAGCAAAGGGGAUCGAGCAAAUAAGAGAGCCGAUGCUGCGGCAUCUGAUUCGAUGCUUAGUUUGGAAGGUAUACAUCCGUUUCUUAACACGGUUUUUCGCUCAAUUAGGCCCAUCUGAUGCCACAAGCAAGUUAGCACUGUAGUGAGGUUCUAGGGUGAAUAAAUCAGUGUUCUCAAAGGGGAAAACAGAAUAAUCCAUGUCUAUCGGUAUUAUUCUCCGGCUGAAUUGGAUGGCUCGUGGGGA